GAACGGGCGUGACUUCCUGGUUUGUUCGCAGCCUCACUGCAGCUCAAUGCGGAAGACAAACAGGGAUCUCAGAACCCCACGCACAAUCUGAAGCAAGUUUUCUGAGGAUUUUGUGUGAGACCUGAAGUGUUUAAAAACAUAACCAUGUGGCCAAAUCAAGGUCCUCCCCCUCCAGUGGGUCCACCAAACCCUGCUUUCCCUCCUAACUACAACCCUGCUUUUCCUGUUGCACCUCCAUCAGGAGGACUUUUUCCCCAACCUGCACUUCCAGCAUACCCAGGUGGGCAAUAUCCAGCUGGGCAAUACCCAGGUGGCAUGAACCCAGCCAUGGUACCAAAUGUACAUCCAGGGGCGAUGCCUUAUGGAGCUCUGGGACCUCAUCCUUAUCCUGUGGCUCCAGGUGGAUAUCCAGGAGUCCCUACUGCAGGUGUUCACCCAGGUCCAUACCCGCACUCUCCAAAAGGGUGUCACCAAAAAGGCCAUAAAGGCCACAAAGGUGACCACAAAGGUCAUCAUCAUCAUGGAGGCUUGAAUCCCAUGGCUGGAGCAUGCGCCGGUGGACUGGCUGGAAUGGGAAUGGGAAUGGUCGGACAUAAGGGCCACAAAAAGAUGAAGAAGAUGAAAAAAAUGAAGAAAGCACAUAAGGGGAGCAAACACGGCAAGUCCUCGAGUAGUAGCAGCAGCAGCAGCAGUAGCAGCAGCAGCAGUGACUAAGCUUGAGGCCACCACAACAAGACAAAGCUUUCACAGAAAUGUCGCUUUACAAAAGGACCAUUAACAAUAAACACACAAAAUAAAUCUUGCAUGGGCUAUUUAUACUAGCAAUGCAUACAUAAGGUGUUACUGUACACAUUUGGCUGCAUUCCAUCAUGUCUUAAAUCUCCUUUUCUUUGGUUUGUAGUGUUUAUGUCAAAUGUUCCAUUGUUAUGGCUUCUGUAUUAUUGUAAAAAAUACACUACAAAUACCUGUGUGUGUGUGUGUGUGUGUGUGUGUGUGUACAAACACAUUAAAAUAAUAUAAGUCCAGCAAGCAAUGAUUUAAAAAAAAAAAA